AUGUACUUUAUUAUUUUUAUAUAUUUUUUAUUUAUUUCAAUUAUUUAUACUCAGAAAGUGGAAUGUAAAAUUAAUACAACAUCCACAGAGGAAUGCCCAUUAAUUAUAAGAAAUCUAUAUUUAGAUAUUGUUUUUGUCUUUGAUUCCUCGUAUGGUGCUAAUGAACAUGGUUUUACUGGACAGUUACUAUCAAUUUCUGGUUUUUUAAAUAGUGGUUUUAUAAUUGAACAAGGAAAUAAAAUUCAAUCAACAAGAGUUUCAUAUAUUAGUAUGGCAAGUAAAACACUUACUUUUUCAAAUUUAACUACAUAUAACUCUGUGAAUGAGGCUAUUUCUGGGUUAUAUGAAUUAAGUUUUAAUGCAAAUACUGGUCCAAUAGUUAAUUUAUAUUCUGGUUUGAUGGCAGCCAAUAAUCAAUUAGAUAUGUUUAAACGUGAUGGUUUUAAACAAUUAAUUGUAAUUUUUUCAUCAGAAACAGAGGUAGAUUGUAGUGAAAGUACUGAAAUGUUAUAUCAAAAUUCUAGUUUAAAUAUAGAGAAUCCCUGUAGAGCAGCUAGUAUAAUAAAAAGUGAGGGAAAAGAUAUAUUAGUGGUAAAUUUAAAUUAUCAUGAUGCACCACCACCAGAAAUUAAACAUAUUGCCUCACCAAAUUAUGAUAUACCUAAUGAUGAUAAUUUAAUAGGAAAUUUACAAAAAUUGGCAUCAUAUAGUAAUUGUAAUUGCCCUAAAAGUUAUACUCAAUUUACUGAUAUUGAAUUAAAUUUUAAAGGUCGUACAUGUGCAUAUUUUGAAGAUUCAACAACUUUUUAUUAUGUUGCAGUACAAAAAAUUCAGGGAAUCGAUAGUCGAUUAAUUCAAAUAAGAAGUGAAAUAAAACAAAAAUUUGCCAAAUCAUUAUGUGAAAAAGAUGAUUGUUUCUUUGGAUUAAAUCAAUUAAAUGAAUCCGGAAAAUGGAAAUGGGAUGGUUCUGAUAUUGACUUCAAUCCUAAAGAAUAUGAUAAUUUUGGUCCUGGAGAAGAAAAAAAAAUUGGAUGUGGUUAUAUAGAAAAUACAACUGGUAAAUGGUUUUCAACAGAUUGUCAUACUGUUGAAAAAAAAUAUGCCAUUGAGAUAUUGGCAUGUGAUACUGAAAAUUUUUGUUUAUUAUAA